AGUUGCAUCAAAAUAGCACAAUGGAAAUUAUCUAUUUAACUUGAAACUGUUCUAGUUUCCAGUAUUUCCUUCACCUAAUGCUUUCUAUAUACUUUCAGAUGCUUCAGCAAGGUUCAUCUAAUGAUUACAUUCUUCUACCCUUUUUUUCAUCUCUUUUUGAUAAACUCUACAGAAUAAUUUUCUUGUACUUCAUGGUAUUGUUUGUUAUGUGGUAAUUAAGAGACACUUGAGCAUCAUCUGUACUUGGGACAUGAUUUGCUCUAACCAAGGGUGCAACUGGUUGUCAUGGAUCCUGCCUUUACUAGAAAAUAAUUACUCAAGACAGCACUAAUUUUCAUCUAUGUUAUCGCUGUAAUACAUUUUUCUCAUAGUCUGCCGAAUCAUAGAUAGACAUCUUUGCGGUAGGAUUCUUACUCCUUCAGUUGACAGAACUAUCCUAUUCUCACUUCUCGGGCGGCCAAUUUGUCUAUUUUCUUCCCCUGAGUUUAUCUCAUUUUCUUUAUUUUUUUUUCCCACUGUACCAGUUUAUAUCUCCUUGAAUGAUACAUUGGUAAAGAACUUGGAAUGCAUGUCCUUAGCCACCACUUUUUUUUACAGGAUGGAUUAGCAAAGUUGGAGGCCUUGCUGGCCAAGAAAGGCGAGGCAGAUGGUCGAUGCGCAAACACGGAAAUAUCAUCCAUCAUCAUUAAUGAUUUCCAGUCGAAGCUAGAAGCUGCACAGGCUGAAUUAGCAAGUGAAAGAGACAAGGCCGCGAAGGAAAUACAAAAACUUACAGCAGAAAACCGGAAACUUCAAUAUCGGAUCACUCAUCUAAUUAGUGCAGUGAAGGAUGCUGAUGCCAAAUUGACAACUUAAGUGGUGGUUUGCAACAUAAUCUCUUACCUUUUCUCUAUAGAU